AUGCAGCAGAGACGUGGCCUGGAGCUAUGGCUACAUCAAAGGCUCUCCGAACUACCACGGUUGGCUGGGGCGUCUUCUGAAGUACAACACUCAACAUCUCAUCGGACUUCGCAGUUCAGACAUGAUUCAGUAUCUUGUCUUCGCGAUCCUGCGGAAUACGUCUUUAAGGCAAAAAUCGAUGGGCGGUCAUGUAAUGAGAAGAACAGACGAAGAUGGACACUAAGAACUUUGGAAUGGAUUCUUCGCGAAGCAAAAAGUCCUCGAGGGAGUCCACCGACCAUAUGGGCUGACGUGUUCGUUGCACGGUGGACCAGCUGA